AUGGCUGCAGCUACGAUGACACCAAGCCGCUUCGGCAACUCAUUCUCUAGCUCGCAAUCACAGUAUGGCGCGCAUACAACCUCGAUGGCCGACAGCCUACCUACUAUUGACUUUGGCUUCAACGAUUUGCGCGAGCGCAUGGCCCAGUUCACAGUGAGGUUUGACGAGUUCAUCGAGAAGGGCCGCAAGCGGGUACUGGACGAGCACAACGCGUUCCGCAUGAAUGUGGCCGAAUUGGAAGAGUCACGACGCGCAAGUGAAAAGGAGAUCAGCAAGCUCCAAUCGAAGUCAAGCACACACGCGCAGAACCUUGCCAAAGAAGCAGCAGAGACAGAGGAGAUGCACGAAGCCAUCCAAACACUUACGGCCCAGAAGGAAGAACACAUCGCGCGCAGAGACCAGCUCAAAGACGACAUCGGCAGUCUCAAGGCUACAAUCAAGCAGAAACGAGAAGCGCAGUCGGCAUAUCAGCGGAGUCUGGACGCUCAAGCACGGCACAACGUUCCGGAACUAAGGUUCUGGGAGCACUGCUUGGGUCUGAGGAUCGAGGGCAGUGCAUCGGGAAUGGAAGAUCAGCUCCGGUUCGUGUUCGCUUGUAUCGACGAAAAGGACGAGAGCAAGGAGUGCUGGUUUGAGCUUCGGCUGGGUGGGCCGGAAUAUGAGGUCGCGACGUCGAAGCCAAAGCUUGAGAAGGAGCGACUGGAGGAGAUUGUACAGACGUUGAACGAGACGAAGGAUGUCGGCCCGUUUCUGAAGGCGAUGAGACGUUUGUUCGUGGAGACGCUGCCAUUUGCUUCGUAG